CAAGGAGCCGCGGUGGCCCUGGCAGAGUGUCCAGGGGUGGCAGUGACACCGAGCCAUGUCUGAGGAGGGGUGCGAGCAGGCCGGCAAGCGGCGCCCUGGUGACUGGUUUGCUCACGCUGGAGAUGGCCAGGGCGAGCUGGAAUCAACAACAAGCGCUUCACUUAAACACGUCCUGAACUCAGCAGCCGCUCUGGGAACGGAAUUUAGAAUGCCGCUGGAAUACAAAGCUCGGGAGCAGAAAGCAGGAAACAACCAUUUCCCAUUCUCUUCUCAUGACAACAGACACGACAUAUGCAAUGCAGCAGAGUAUUUUGACUUGGGCAUGGGCCUGAGGAAGUUGGAUCCAGAGAAACAGAGACACACCUCCCAUAACUUCUUUGAGUGGGCUCAUGCACCAGACCAGAGCAACAGCAACAGCUUCUUAACCGUUUACCAGACCUCAUUUGUGGCAGAUCCGACCCCUGGAAACAACGAGGGCCGGGGUUGUAGGCGCUACCCGAAACACCACACCCAAAACCAGUGCAGCAACAAACCUGCUCCCGAAGAUGAAAAAGCCGUGCAGCCAUACAAGUCAUCUUAAUUAGCAAAACACUUCUGGAGCACUGACCUAGCAAACCUGAACUGUUCACUACUCAAACCAAUGGUGAAGGAAUAAACAUUGGUGUAAAGCGCACGUGGCAGUACAGUUGAGAGUUCAUUGUGAUCAACAGCCUUACAUUACUCUGAAAACAUACAGUACUAUAAAAACUUUAAAGAAGAGGAGCAUUAUAAGGAAAAGCAAGAUUGUGCAUAUUUUUAGACAUAUCUCUAUUAAGAGAACAGAGAUAGGGAUUGUGCUUGUGUCAUCUGAUUCUGGUUGACCCCCAUCUUGAUACCUAAGCUUAUUCAGCUUCUGAAUCAGUGGCAGGGCUGUACCUCAGGCAGCUGACAGCACCUGUAUUGACACAGGAGCAUAAUGGAACUGGAUCCUCGAGGGAUUACCACAGCAGGGAGCCAAACCCGUGUGUGUUCAGAUGUGAGGACAUGGUCUCCACCUCCACCAAAGCUGCUGUCGCUCGGCCCAUGAUGCCCCUG